AUGGAUGGUAAGAGUAACACUUCUCCUCUCCUCAUCUACCCAACAACAACCUCAACAACCAACACCAUGUGUGGCAGCUACUAUGGAGGCUGUGGCUAUGGACGCUGCGGCUAUGGAGGCUGUGGCUAUGGAGGCUAUGGCUACGGAGGCUGUGGCUGCGGAGGCUGUGGCUACGGAGGUCUGGGCUGUGGCUAUGGCUCCAGCUAUGGCUGUGGCUUCCGCAGACUGGGAUGUGGCUAUGGCUGUGGCUCUGGUUGUGGCUACGGCUAUGGGUCCCGCUCCCUCUGUGGCUGUGGCUAUGGCUGUGGCUCUGGCUGUGGCUAUGGCUAUGGCUGUUACUAA